AUGUUACUAGAAAGCUUUUCAAAGUAUCAUUGUGGCAUAGGGGGGAUAUUUGUUGAAGGCAUAGAGUUUAAGGUCAUCCCAAGCGUAAAUCAAAUAGUGGACUUAGAACAAAAUAAAAAGAUGAAGGAUGGAACAAACAUGGGAGGAGUCUUGAAAACAAAGUUGGAGAUGGACUCAGUGGAACAAAUGAUAGCCGAUAAUAAAGAAAUUAUUAAAAGGUCUGGAAACAAUGUCCAAAUUGCCUCAAGUGUAGAGCUCUGCUUACUUCUUUUCAAGGGAAUUCUCAUUGACAAUGGUGAAACGUUAUUCUCCCUAAGCAAAGUCAACGGGAAGAGAUGUCAUAUGCUACCUGCAAAAGCAAUUAUAUACAACUCUUCAAAUAUAAAGUUGUGCAACCCUCCAACUGAAUCCAGGUGCAGAUUUGAAGAGGUUGUUGAGAUUCUAUCUCACCAGGAUUUUCGUAUCAAAUGUGACAUUGAGACCAAAAUGCUCUCAUCAGAUACAACCUAUGCUUGUUUCCUUGUGUUCAAACUUUCAAAAAAAUGUCAUGGGCUCCAGUGCCCAGUGAAGGCUCGUGAUUUAGUACCCCAUAGAAAGGAAAGAACCAAAAUCAUUUCUUUCAGGUACCCAAGCACAGUGAAUUUGGACAGAAUCAAAUGGAUUCCAGAACAGAGAGAAGAUGAAUGGAUGGAGGUUAUAGUGUGGGAAACUAACGUUGAUAACAUGCAUAAUGAUGAGUAUGUACCUAUGGAUUUAAAACUGACAUGUUUCGAAGGAAAUAUGUCAGGUCUUAUUGUAUAUGGCAUUGACUUCCGUCCUACAACGAGCUUUUUCAUGAUGAAGCUAUUCGAAAACAUGGUUGUAUCGAUUCCUGAAACCACAUUCCCGUUAAUCCUCUCGGCGGUGCCUCUGCCGCUCAUGCGCCUCCUCUCCGGCCCUCCCAAUAUCUCUUGGACUUCAUCAUCGGCCUCCAGUGAUCCAAUCUGUCGUAUUCCUCCUCCACGAGUUUUGGGCUCUUUGAAUACUGAAUUUUGGAGUGGCAGCCCGUGA